AUGGAGUCUUGGGACCAAGUUAUUCCGACGGUAUCCAUCACGCAGAACCAUGUCAACACCAACCUGCAGUGCACCGUGUGCUGUGAAAACUUCAAGGUGCGAGAAUCGGCAAGCCUGCUAGAGUGUGCUCACAUGUUCCACCCUUCGUGCAUCCACCCUUGGCUGCGGCUCAAAACCACCUGUCCCGUCUGCCGCCACGAUUUGCAGGCCCGGGAGGAAGAUAACUCUGACCCCGAAGUGACCUUCUCUGACGGUGACAUGCAGGCCCAGGAGGAUAACCAACUUUCCACAGAAGAUAGCUCUCAAUCGGAAAUUUCUACUUCAAGUUCUUCCUCGGACGGCGAACUGCAAAACUACGACGAUCCCCAGCUCUCCACCGAGGAGGAUGACUCCAGCCUGGAAAUCUCUACCUCAGAAUCCUCGUUGGAUGAUGAAUUACAGAUCCGGGCGAAUGAGCAGAUCUUAAUAGAGGAGAAUGACUUGGAAAUGUCCGCCUUAAAUUCCUCCUCUGAUGAAGUAUAUUGGAUCUGA